CCUCCAUCUCUCCAUCCUCGCUGAUCACUUGCCCCCUCCCCCCAGUCCCUGCUUAUCCAUCCCUCGGUACCUGCCGAUUUUCCAGCAAUGACGGGCUCAACUGAGGGAUUCGAGGUCCUUGGCAUGCCCCCUGGCAUGGCAUCCUGGCACAUUGCCGUCUUUUCAUUGGCUUUCCACCCAGCAUGACCACUACCUUCACAUUUAUCCAGCUAGUGAUCGCCUGAUCCAUGGAUGAUGGAGUGAACGCCGGGCAAGGAACCGGGUCUAAAGCUGACCGGCCUAUAUUUGCAGCCUGACGGCCAUCCCUGACGUUUUGCAGUGUCGCUCUUCCCGGUCCAGCGCCGUCACAGCCCCCGUCAACCAUGAGCACCACCCGUCUUCUCCACCUGGCUCUGCUGUCAGGCUUGCUCCCAUGGUCUUGGGCAUCUUCCCCAGCAGAGACUCUCCACCCCCGCGACGAUGAAGCCUUCUCGCCGCCCUACUACCCCGCCCCCGCUGGGGGCUGGCUCUCCGACUGGGCCGAUGCAUACGAAAAGGCCUACCGAGUCGUCAGCAACAUGACGCUGGCAGAGAAAGUCAACCUCACGACCGGAACCGGCAUGUUCAUGGGUCCCUGUGCUGGCCAAACCGGGAGUGCGCUUCGCUUUGGCAUCCCGAAUCUGUGUCUUCAUGAUUCGCCUCUGGGUAUUCGCAAUUCGGACCAUAACACGGCCUUUCCUCCCGGUGUCACGGUGGGUGCGACGUUUGAUAAGGACCUCAUGUAUCAGCGCGGUGUGGAGCUCGGAGAGGAGGCCCGUGGUAAGGGUGUUAAUGUUCUCUUGGGCCCGGUUGUCGGUCCGACUUUUCGCAAGCCGAGAGGAGGUCGCAAUUGGGAGGGCUUUGGCGCGGAUCCGAGUUUGCAGGCUAUUGGGGGGUCGUUGACUAUUAAAGGUAUGCAGAGUACGGGGGCGAUUGCUUGUCUGAAGCAUUUUAUUGGCAAUGAGCAGGAAAUGCACCGCGAGAGUAGUGUCAUCACUCAAGGGUACUCGUCGAAUAUUGAUGAUCGGACCCUUCAUGAGAUUUACCUCUGGCCGUUUGCAGAGGGGGUUCGAGCGGGGACGGGCUCCGUGAUGAUGGCUUAUAACGAUGUCAAUCGUUCCACCUGUAGCCAGAACAGUCUUCUCAUCAACGGCAUUCUCAAGGAUGAACUGGGCUUUCAGGGCUUUGUCGUCACCGACUGGCUCGCCCAACUCGGCGGCGUGUCGUCUGCAUUGGCCGGCCUUGACAUGAGCAUGCCCGGCGAUGGGGCGAUUCCUCUGCUGGGAGACAGCUACUGGGGCUCGGAGCUCUCUCGCUCGGUUCUCAACGGCACCGUUCCUAUGGAGCGUCUCAAUGACAUGGUCACCCGAAUUGUUGCCACAUGGUAUCAGAUGGGCCAGGACCAAGACUACCCUCUCCCCAAUUUCUCCAGCAACACUCUCGACGAGACCGGGCCUCUCUAUCCCGGGGCCCUCAUCUCCCCCACGGGCGUCGUCAACCAGUACGUGAACGUCCAAGGCGACCACAAUAUCACGGCUCACGCCAUCGCCCGAGACGCCAUUACGCUCCUCAAGAACAACAAUCACACCCUCCCUCUCUCCACCAGCGACUCUCUGCACAUCUUCGGCACCGAUGCCGGCCCCAACUCCAACGGUCUCAACUCCUGCACCGACCAGGGCUGCGACAACGGCGUCCUCACCAUGGGCUGGGGCAGCGGCACCUCGCGCUUGCCCUACCUCGUCACCCCCCAGGAGGCCAUCGCCAACCUCUCCUCCAACGCUCAAUUCUACAUCACCGACACCUUUCCCUCUGUUACCCCCAACUCCUCCGACAUCGCGCUCGUCUUCAUCAACGCCGACUCCGGCGAAAACUACAUCACCGUCGAAAGCAACCCCGGCGACCGCACCACUGCCGAUCUCUACGCCUGGCACAACGGCGACGACCUCGUCACAGCCGCCGCGGCCAAAUACUCCCGCGUGGUCGUCAUCAUCCACACCGUCGGCCCCCUCAUCCUCGAAUCCUGGAUCGACCUCCCCUCCGUCCAAGCCGUACUGAUCGCCCACCUCCCCGGCCAAGAAGCCGGCUACUCCCUCACGGACGUCCUUUUCGGCACGUACUCCCCCAGCGGCCACCUCCCCUACACCAUCCCCUACCAAGAAUCCGACUACCCCUCCAGCGUCGGCCUCCUCGACCAAGUCUUCGGCCAAAUCCAAGAUCCCUUCACCGAAACCCUCUACAUCGACUACCGCCACUUCCUUAACGCCAACAUCACCCCCCGCUACCCCUUCGGCCACGGCCUCUCCUACACCACCUUCACCUACUCCGCCCCCGUCCUCACCACCAUCACCCCCCUCGACACGGCCUACCCGCCCGCCCGCGCCACCAAAGGCUCAACCCCAUCCUACCCCACCACCCUCCCCAACCCCUCCGAAGUCGCCUGGCCCUCCACCCUCACCCGCAUCUGGCGCUACCUCUACCCCUACCUCGACGACCCCUCCUCCAUCACCUCCAACUCCACCACUGCCUCUUACCCCUACCCCUCCGGCUACAGCACGACCCCCAAACCCGCCCCGCGCGCCGGCGGCGCCCAAGGUGGCAACCCCGCCCUCUGGGACAUUGCCUUCUCGGUGCAAGUCACCAUCACCAACACCGGGAAUUACAGCGGUCGCGCCGUCGCACAGCUCUACGUCGAGUUACCCAGCAGUGACGUGCUAGGCGUCGAUACACCAGCGAAACAACUCCGACAGUUCGAAAAAACGGGGACGUUGACGCCCGGGGAGAGUCAGACGGUGGAGUUGAAUGUCACGAGAAAGGAUCUGAGUAUUUGGGAUGUGGUGGUGCAGGAUUGGAAGGUUCCAGUGGAUGGCGAUGGAGUUACCUUUUGGGUUGGGGAGGGACUGGGUGAUUUGAGGGUUGAGUGUGCGGUGGGGGGGACGUGUGCGGUGGUUGAUAGUGUCUCGUAAGUAGGUUGUAGUUGGAUGGAUUGGAAGAAGUGGGGGAGGGGGAUAUGAUGGUUGUCACUUACAAGAGUAGUAGUACAGAAUAUACCUUUCUACUAUCGAAAGGAUGAAAUGACUUGCAUAGUGGGGCAUAUCCUAUCUCUUCAACUGGGGUGAGUUCUCUCAUAUUGAGGGUAGGAUCCUGCCAGGCAACUGAGUACUAGUACUUACUCAUGUAUGAGAUCUUCCAGUUUCU